AUGAAUCUGGCUAACUUUUUAGGCGACAUCAAGCUCACUGAUGAGACGCCCGUGCUCCGGAUAUGGUCCCAUAGCCAAAGUGGUCCAGAGACCUCUUUCAGGGAUGGAGUGAGGGCCCGAGACAAAAGAUGUGUCUUGACUGGAGUUCUAUGCCGUGGUGCCAGCGAAGGCAGAUGGGGAACGUUUCAAGCAGCACAUAUCAUUCCCGUAAAGGAGGAAGCACCCUUCAAUCGAGAUUUCAGCCACCUGAUUACCACAGGAUCUCAUACCGCGCCCCUUGACUCAGUUCAGAACGGCAUAUUGUGGGAUUGCUACAAAAUCACCCACUUUGGUGACGAUAACUGGGGUGUUGAUGGCAACCAGUUAGAUGAGGUAUGCCGAAAGGAAAAUGAUCCCAACAAUGUCGCAGACGAAUUGCUCCGCUGGCACUUUUGA